UUUCUUUCACCCUACCUUUCACUCUACACAACAGAAAGCCACAUCCCGGUCCUCUUUUUCUCCCGGUCUCUCACUUGCUAGUAUCUAACGAUGCAUCAUUGCUCUACGGUCUAGUGCAGUCGAACAAGAGUUUUCUCCAACUCUCUGCUAAAAGGACCAUCAAUGUAAUUUUAAACCCAGGGUGGAUUUUCUCUGGACAACAACUUCAGAUAUUGAUGGAGUUUGAGGUGGAUGUUGAUGUCAACGGUGAGGUGGUUGGGAGUUCUGUGGAUAUUGACGGCAGGACCGAUGAUGAAAAUGCUACUGCAGGAAGCCCUGUUGAUGGGGUGCUUCAACAUUGCCCGGAUGUAAAGGUGGAUCAACAUGUUUCCAGAAGGGAAAUAGUUGAACUAGAAGAGACGCAAGCUGUCAAUAGUUUGGUUUCCAAUGAUGAACCUUAUGUAGGCCAGGAAUUUGAGUCUGAAGCAGCAGCACAUGCAUUUUACAAUUCAUAUGCUACAAGAGUGGGUUUUAUAAUACGUGUGAGCAAGCUUUCUCGAUCAAGGCGUGAUGGAUCUGCUAUUGGCCGGGCACUUGUCUGCAAUAAAGAGGGCUUUCGAAUGCCUGACAAGCGUGAAAAGAUUGUAAGGCAAAGGGCAGAAACAAGGGUCGGUUGCCGAGCCAUGAUUUUAGUUAGAAAAAUAAGCUCUGGAAGAUGGGUUGUUACAAAAUUUGUUAAGGAACAUACUCAUCCGUUAAAUCCUGGAAAAGGCCGGAAGGAUUUAAUCUACGACCAAUAUCCGAAUGAGCAUGAUAAAAUUCGGGAACUUUCACAACAACUGGCUGUUGAGAAAAAGCGAGCUGCGACCUAUAAAAGACACUUGGAAAUGAUUUUUGAGCACAUUGAGGAGCACAAUCUAUCUCUUUCUAAGAAGAUCCAGGAUGUUGUAAAUAAUGUGAGGGAAAUAGAGUCUAAAGAGCAUCAGAGUCAUAGAUAGUUUUGAGUAUGUAAACUACUUUACAUUGGAUGGUGUAAAAAUAAGCAAAAAUUACAGGCCUUGUCUUCAGAUGCAAUUAGGUGAAAAGGCAUUACAACGAUUGUAGUUCUGUUACUAAAUUAUUUGAUGUCUUCAGCCCUCAGAUUUGGAUGUCCCUUGAAUGCUGAAACUGGACACUCCUGGUUAUUUGUACAAUCAUGCACAUUGUAGGAAAAUAUUAGAUAGACAACACGUUCCUUGUGUCAUUUUUGGAGCUUGGGAAAUCACAGCAAAUUUUCCAUCAGACGUGUAUGAACUUGUAAUGAGAUUAACCCAUAUAUAUUAGAAGCAGUCGUCUGUUUGUAGUUUGUAUAU